GCUUAGAAACAUGGUUGUCCAGUGCCCAAGCAGGAUGGAGAUCCUGUCUUCAGUGGACUGCUCAGAUCAGGAUCUCAGGGAGAAAUGGGCCAUGCUGAGGUGUGAGGUGCAGAUUCUUGACCAAACCAUGAAGACUGGGCUCCUCUACCAGAUCCUGGACACUUUCACAGAUGUUCAAGGACCUUUGAAAAAACUGAUUCAAGCUGCCUGGGGGACUGCAGUGCUUGGCUCUCCCUGGGACAGUGAAGGGUUUGCCAAAAGCUUCCAGCCUUUCAUUGAUGCUUUCUGCAUGCAUUCUGAAAAGAUGUUCAAAGUGGCUCAUUUGGUCUUGGUCCGUUGUACUCAGCAUCAAAUUGGUAAAGAAAUAGAGGAAACUAUGUCUAUCCUGCAAAAGCUUAUGGUCAGAGUGCUUCCCCUUUUCACCAAGAGUCAAGGGCUGGAUCUGGCCUUGCUUUCUGAUACCUUCCAGGAUGUGUAUCAAGCAUGGGUCUGGGCAGCAGAAGGCUUGCUGGCAUGUUUUGAUAAUAUUUUCGAUAUCCCCGAAUUCUUGACUGUGUCCAUUGAGGAAAUGGCAAAACAUAUGGGUUUCUCUAAAUGGGCUUUGAAUAAUGGAAAUUCCAAGAAAUUUUCCUGGCAUGUAGCUUAUCUUCAGGGUCGAGCUAAGCACAUAGUGCAAGUGAUGAACAGAUAUGUGGACCAAAACCGAGAUCCCAUUUUUCGGAAUGGUUUGAGGGUUUUGAUUCAGCAACUGGAAAACUCUAUUCCUGUGGUGACAGCAGCUGCUGAGCACUGCUUAGAAAAUAGGCAUGAUAUCCAAGCCAUGGAUGUGUUCCUCAACAAGGCCAUGCUUCUUAUUGACUCUACUCAUGGUGUCCAAGAUGGUCUGGAUGGGACCAACCAUCCAGAUAUCUUAAGCCCACUCCGAGAUCAAGUCCAUAAAUUCAUCACUCCCAAAGGACAACUAUGCCUUACUCCUCACAGUCUCCUGGAGUUGAGCAGCCUAGAACCGAUGGGCAAACUCGUUGGAGGGCCUAGGAUAGUAGAAGAAUUCUCAAACACCUCAUAUGAUCCUGAGGAAUGGCAUUCUAGGGACAUCCCCACUCUCAGCCUCAUGGUUCCUAAGGUCAUUUCACAGGGGAUACUGCUACCUGUCAUUAGCAAACUUGUCCUGGCUGUAGAGAACCAUGACCUCUCAGUGGUCAGUUCUGCUUGCACAGAAUUGCUGGAUCUUGCCAAUUGUACUGAUGCUGCUCAAGAGGCCUUGGUUGGGGAAAAGUCAUCGGAGUCAGAGGGGAUAGUACAAACACAAGAUGCCAUCUUCUUAACACCUUAUACAAUUGGCUUAGCUAAAGAAAUUGGAAAUGAGCCAGCCUCUAGCACAGGACGACUGCUUGAAGCAGCUCUCCAGCUGUCUGAAAAGAUUGCUGAAAUCCACCAAAAUUUAGCAGCUAUUACUGGUGACUGGUACCAUUUCUCUCAGCAGUUGUUUUGUGACAUACAGAUUGCUGACCUUCCAAGAAAUGUGCAGAUUUUCAGUGAAGUCAGGCAGAACAUAAUGGAUGUGGCUCAGCUAGCAGACAAAGCUGGACAGAUACAUUUGAAUGAAGAGCCCCCUUUGCCAAUCCAGAAUUUGGAACAAUUGUUGCAGAUUCGAGCUAAACUCCAGAAAGUGGAGACUCAUGCCCGGUUCUUACUGGACAAGGUGUUAGACUCAAAUGGUAUGCACUGUCCUAAGACCGAGGAAAUGAGUAUCAAGGGGAGCUGCCUCCUGUGGUCUGUGGCUGUCCAUGCCUUGCUAAGGGGCAUUGAUGACUUCAUUGGGAGAGAUAUCCUGUUCCUAACUGAGUUGAGGCAGGGGGUGAAGGACAAGCUGAGUUUUCAGGGUGGGCUGGCCCCACUGGCUACCACUUCUCUGAGGUUACAGGAAGCUGCGAGAUUGUCUGCUCUGUUGUGUGGUGAUGAGAGAGUAAAGGGGGAGGUGGUCUUGCUGCAGGGGGAGGUCCACGUGCUGACAGAAGCUCUGCUAGAAGUGGCCCAGAUCCUUGCCCUUUCUCCUCCUUUGGUGCCCAACUUGUCCAUUCGUUUUGAACUUCUCCAACGGGAGCUUGCCCUUCAAGCCAAGGUCCUGGCAGGCUAUCUCAGCAGCAUCAACAAAGACUAUGAAAGGACCAUACAGGAUACUAUUCAGCUAGUGCUUUCUGCUUCCAGUGCUUCCAAAGAUGACAAGACAAAGUUAAAAGUUGCUCUGGGAAAGAAUAUGAUCCAGAUCACCUCUGGCAUCCAGACAGUUCAGAAAAUUGUGGAGGAGUUUGGACCUGGCCAGGAAAGCCUCCUCAGAGUAAUGGAGCACCUCAUCUUCCUUACUGCUGAGGUUGGACAGAAAGCCCACAUGCUCCUGGACCACCCCCAGGACAAGGUAGCUGAAAUGCUGGAAAGUCUUCAGUGGCAGUGGGCAGCUGAGGCUCAUUAUGUGGCAGCCCAGCUCCAGAUGUGGAGAGGCAGCCAUGCCUCAGCCCUGCAGCUCCUAGCCCAGGACUUGAAGACCAGUGGUGCGUCUGUUGGGAUUCCAAGUGAGGAUCCUGACUUGACUCUGCCCAGUCAGGGAGAGGGGUUCAUAGCAGCAGAAGUGGACAAUAUGGCAUGUCAGGCCACAUCUUCAAGAAAAAUCUCAGACCCAGCUGGUUCAGAGGAGUCUUGCCCUCAUCAGAAAGAUGCAGCUGCUAUGACAGUUUCCAGGAAGAACCUGAACAAGCUAGCUAGCAAGUCCCAUGAUGCCUCUCCUUGUUGUCCAGCUGAGUCGACCCCUGACCUAGGACAUCCAUUCCUGAGGGAUGAUUCCAUGGAUAAGUGGAGGGACAGUAGCAACAGAAUUGAACAGCUCACCAGAGAAAUGGCCACAGAAGUGUUUCACAUGGCCCAGAGUCUGAAGAGGAAAGGGCCCAUAAAGACCAAAGACCAGUUAAUUGCCUCUGCAAAGAAAACAGCCACUUCUGGACACAUAUUUGUUAAAUUCAUCCGUCUUGUUGCUAAGAACUGCCUGGAUCAGAGAUGUGCAGAUGAACUCUUGCGUGUGUUGGAGCAAAUUCAGACAAUUAGUAGCCAGCUUAACAUCAUUUCCAGUGUAAAAGCAGCUCUAGCAAGCAGCAAGUCCUCUGAAGAGCUCCUUGUGAACAAUGCCCAGAACCUCCUCCAGGGUGUUUUGCAGACUUUAAAGGCAGCAGAAGCAGCAUGUCUUCGUGGCUUAAGGGAGCCUCUCCUAGAUGCAGAUGAACUGGAGGCAGCAGCCUUCUGCAUGCAGUGGAGAAGAGAGUUGCUAAAGCACAGAUCCCAAGAAGCAUCAAAUGCGGACCGAGAUGACUCUGGACUACGCAAGACAAAGGCAAAGGAGGCUCCCACACUUGUGUCCAUAGUUCAAGAACCAUGGACCACUUAAACCUAAGAUCCAACUAUUUUCCUAGUGACACCAUUACCUACAGAGAUCCAGCACCUAAUGCAAGGCAUAGAGCUGACUGUGUUCCUUCCCUGAUCAAAAACCUGAAGUAGCUCCCUGUAGAAUAGGUUCCCUAUAGAACAAAACACAAAUCCUCAGCCUGGAAUGUCAGAUUAUCUACAAUUUGGCUCCUCCCUGUAUUUCCAACCUUAUUUCAUACAGUCUUUUGAAGACUCUUUCUAUUUCAACUAAAUUGGACUGCUGGCUACUGUCUAAACAUGACAAUUGGUCUCUCACAUCCACAUUUGCUAAAUGCUUACUAUGUGUCAGGUACUGUGUUUAGCACUGGGCACUCAGUAGACAAACACAAAAGCAGUAUCUGGCCUCAAGGAGCUUGCUGGGAGAAUGUAACACAUAAUAACAUUUGUGAAAAUGUAGCUGAUGUUCUUUCUUCCACUCAUCUCCCAUUUUUCAGCAUCAAUAACUUUUCCCCCCCAAAAAGUCAGGUGUAAGUUGUUUUAAUUA